AGCGUCCAGAACGGCAUCAGAUGUCCGUUUGUAGCAUCGCAACACAGUUAUCUAACCAUCGCCUAGUGAAGAGUGUGCUUUGAAGCAUCUAAUUUUGACCAAUAGUUUCCGACCCGUAGCAGGAGAGUUGCACCCAAUUGAUUGGAGAGUCCUUAUACGCCCAAGAAAAGCAGACGAUAUGUUGAGAUUCGUGUCAGCUCUUGCCAUCCUCGCCGCGACCGCCAAGGCCGCUCCGGUGGAACAAGUGCACUAUUCCUUCGUCUCCCAGCACCCGGUCCACUACGAACCCGUCCAUCAUGCCAUUCCCGAAGUUCACUACCCGAUCGAAGUACUCGAACACCACGAUUAUCAACCGCACUACCAACCGAUUGUGGCCGAAGUGCCCCAGAAGUAUAUCGUAGAAAGUCAGCAUGACGAAUACCAUGGCCAUCACGCCGCUGAAGAACAGAGCUACGUUGAACACGGCAAUGCUGGAGGCUACAGUGCCCUGUACGGUGGAGAAGCCCAGGGACAUCUGUACAGCGCCGGAGGCCAGAGUGGCUAUGCCAAUAAGUAUAACGAUUACUAUGCCUACCCCAAGUAUAAGUUCGAGUACGGAGUCGAUGAUCCCCACACUGGUGAUCACAAGAAGCAAUGGGAAGUCCGUGAUGGUGAUGUCGUCAAGGGAGGAUACAUGCUGAAGGAAGCUGAUGGAACCACCCGCGUUGUCGAAUACACUGCAGAUGAUCACAAUGGAUUCAAUGCCGUCGUCAAGAAGAUCGGUCACGCUCACCAUCCAGAGACCCACGCCCACGCUCCGGUUGCCGUCAACAAUGGCUACGGUCAUCUGGGUAACUACGCCGGAGCCUAUGCCACCGGAGAUUACUACGGCAAGGGAGCGACCAGCUACUCCAAGAUCUGGAAGCAACACUAAACAGUUGUGACGUACGGCCAUGCAGUAGUGUACAAUUGCCAAAGAAGAAGACGAACGUAAAUCGACCACAUUAUUUAUUACACUUGAUGCCUCUAAAGUCGAGCCACUGCUAGCUCCGACAAGCUACUCGCGAAAAGUUUUAGUCAAAUGCCUCUUCACUAGGAUGGUUUUGUAUUAUAUGUAUAUUUCCGCUCAAUAAAGGGAGCUAGAUGAUUCGACUGGCUACCGAUUAGCUGCAGUAGCUUCCGAUGAAUUGAAAUGCUUUUCCUCGGAUGGACUGCAGAAACCGUCGAGUUUUGAGCUUCCUUGUAUAACAAUAAUAAACUGAUCUGUGAUAAAAA